AGCCGAGUGGGGAAAUACCCUGAGAGAGGAGAGUGUAGAGUCUAAAAGAGAAAUCAAAAGCAAAAAGGUCACCGAGAUGAGCGGAGCCACGACGGCGGCGUAUUUAGCACGACGAGCAGCCCAAAAGGAGAGGGUUCGGAUCCUCUACCGCCGUGCCCUCAAAGACACCCUCAACUGGGCCGUCCAUCGCCACCUUUUCUAUCAAGAUGCUUCUGACCUUCGCGAGAAAUUCGAAGCCAACAAGCAUGUGGAAGAUCUUGACACAAUUGACAAAAUGAUAGCUGCAGGUGAAGCAACUUAUAAUAAGUGGCGGCAUCCAGAUCCUUAUAUCGUUCCUUGGGCUCCUGGUGGUUCCAAGUUUACUCGAAACCCUGUCCCACCUUCUGGGAUUGAGAUUGUGUAUGAUUAUGGUCGAGAAGAUAAUGAUUAAAACAUCCAUCUUUUCAUAUCCCUAGCAAUAAAGGUCUAACGGAUCCUCUAGUGCGUAACAAGGGAUCUUGGACAACUACUUUGAAUUCUUUCAACUGAGAUAGGACUUUUUAAUAACAUUCAUGUUGAUGCUCUUUCGUGGUUGUUGCUAUGUGUCUGGUCUUUUGUGUAACAAAAGAUCAUUGGUCGGAUUGAAGGUACAAAAAUGCUUGUUGACAUGGCAUAGAAUUUCAAUCUUGAAUCUUUCUUGUGACAAA